GUAAAUAAUGAAAUUUCUAGGGUUUCGGUGACACAGAGUCAAGUAUAAAAGAAACAUUGUCUUCUAUAAAACCCAAUCUUCCUCUCAGUGAACCCUCGUCACUCGGCGGCAGAAGCAGAGAGCCUCAACAUCUACACUUUAUCCUCAAACCAUGACUUUCAAGCGUAGGAAUGGGGGCCGCAACAAACAUGGCCGUGGCCACGUGAAGUUCAUCCGCUGCUCUAACUGUGGCAAAUGCUGCCCUAAGGAUAAGUCGAUCAAAAGGUUUCUUGUGAGGAACAUUGUGGAGCAAGCUGCUGUUAGGGAUGUCCAGGAAGCUUGCGUCUAUGACACCUACACUCUGCCUAAGCUUUAUGUGAAGAUGCAAUACUGUGUUUCAUGUGCUAUCCACUCCCACGUUGUGAGGGUCCGGUCUCGCACCGACAGGAGGAACCGUGACCCACCUCAACGCUUCAUCAGGCGCAGGGAUGAUAUGCCAAAGCCUGGUCAGCCUGGUCAAGCUCCUCGUCCAGGUGUUGCUGUUCCUGCCCGUCCUUAAGGCCCCCAAAGUUAAAGAUAAAUUUCUAUUUUUGUAUUUGCUUUGAAAUGGGCUGCUUUAAUUUUGAGAAAAUUUGGAUUUGUGUAGAAGGUUUUUGAUUAGUUAAAAGUUUGAUCGCAUUUGACAAGCUAUGAAUGGUUGAGAAUACUGGUUGGAAUCUCAUAAUUUCUAUUUAGUUGCUUAUUUUAUCCAAAAUAA